CUCUCCAAUAAACCCAAAUCCUAACAUUUAAAAGUAGCACCGUGGAAACUAUCGCACCCGUCAAUCCGAUGGAGCAAACACAGCCUCCGUCGUCGGAACCGCCACCAGCAUCCACUACACCACCUAUCACCACCACGUCACCUGAACAACCACAAAAUUCUCAACCGCAACCGCUCUCGACCACCUCAUCUUCAUCUUCAUUACAAGCACUUCCUCCUUACGUAAACCCAAACCCUAACCCUAAACACCCAAAUCCACCGAUAUCACAGCCAUUGCAACCCCAACCCCUAAACCCGAUGUUACGAACCCCAUUUAGCCGCCCUUGGCAACAAAAUCCUCCUCCUUUCCCUCACUUUUCUUCCAUAACCAACCAUUCCACCGCCCCUUCCUCUUCAUUAACUUCGAUCCCACCGCCACAGAGGGGUGGGAUGGCCAUAGGAGUUCCUGCACAUGGUCCUUCUCCGCAGCCUCCCACUUCGUUUUCGUCAUUGACUCCAUCUUCGUUUGGUUCGCAGUUUGGUGGAGGAUUAGGUCGUCCUGGUACUGUUAGUAUGCCCGAAUCUGCAACCAGUACUAGUACUCCGCAGGUGAGGCAAUCGAUAUCUGGAAUGCCGGGAGUAGGAAUGAUGGUAUCUCUUGGUUCCAAUUCUUCACUGCGACCAAGCGGAGUUCCUGCAUCGCAUCCACAGAGACCUCUGCAAUCUUCUCUUAGACCACAGACAGGUGCUAAUAAUCAGACUGCAUCACAAAAUUUUCAAGAUCAUGGUCUUUUAAGACUUCCAUCAGUUGGAUCACCAGGAACACCUUCACCCACUACACCACAAACCUCACAACCUCAUAAUCAACCAUGGCUAUCAUCCACCUCACAAGGCAAGCCUCCUCUUGCACCACCAUCAUUCAGACCACAAAUAAGUCCUCAAUCAUUACUGAACCGAUCCCACUUACCAUCACAACCACAAAACCCCAUCUCAACAUCCACAAAUCAACCUCAAAUCUCCUCAUCUUUACAGUCACAACCAUCUUCAUUAACACAACAGCCACAAGAACAUUACACAUUACCACCAUCACGGGUCCCACAAACUUUGACACAUCAGCAACAGCUGGCAAGAAACCGUGGGUUAGGGAACCAAAGACCGUUUGCUCCUGGUGGUGGGCCGCCUAGCGGGGUGGCACCGCCACCUGUGUUUAACAGAGCACCAGCUGGCAUGGAAGCUAGUGAGCCUUGUAAUAGGAUUAUAAGCAAAAGAAGCAUCCAUGAAAUAGUUGCUCAAAUUGAUCCAGGUGAAAGAUUGGAUCCUGAAGUGGAUGACAUUCUUGUUGAUAUUGCUGAUGAUUUUGUUGAAUCUAUUACAACCUAUGCAUGCUCUCUAGCCAAACAUCGGAAAUCAAAUACUUUGGAGUCAAAGGACAUUCUUCUACAUCUGGAAAAAAACUGGAACAUGAGUCUCCCUGGGUUUGGUGGAGAUGAAAUCAAGUGCUACAAGAAACCAUUUGGUAAUGAUGUUCAUCGAGAGCGACUAGCUGCGAUUAAGAAGUCGAUUGCUGCUGCUGAGACGCCAAAUUUGAAAAGCUCAGGCGGACAGGCUGGCGGCGGUGGCGGUGGUGGUGGUGCUAAAGGUCAUCCGGCAAAGGCACCUGGUCUUGUUAUCGGUUCUCCAAAUCCAAAGGGUCGUGAAACCACGUAGUUUUUUACUAGAAAAUUCUAGUAUAUAUCAGUUAGUGAUUUUUUUUACGUGACAAGAUUUGAUAAUAUAAUUCUCUUGUUUUACCAAUUUUUUUACAUGUUUAAUAGCAAAGUAUUACAGGU